GGGCGAGGGAGUGGAGGAAGCCCAUGAGGGUUGUUCCUCCUUCGGGGGCCGCGCCGGCGAUCUCAGGGGAGGAUUAGCGGCCCGGUGUAACAUCUGAGCAAGCAAGAGACACCGGCCAUGGACGACUUCUUGUCUAUCAGCCUGCUCUCGCUGGCUAUGCUGGUAGGCUGCUACGUGGCGGGGAUCAUCCCAUUAGCCGUUAAUUUCUCGGAGGAAAGGUUAAAGCUGGUCACAGUCCUUGGUGCUGGCCUCCUUUGUGGAACUGCCUUGGCUGUCAUUGUGCCUGAAGGAGUACACGCACUUUAUGAAGAUAUUUUGGAGGCAAAGCAUCAUCCAGUCAGUGAGACUCAAAAGGUGGCUGAAUCUGAGAAAGCAGCAGAAAUGCCGGUGGUGUAUGACCAUGACCACGACCAUUCAAGGUUACAUGCUUACAUUGGAGUUUCCCUCGUCCUUGGCUUUGUCUUCAUGCUUCUGGUGGAUCAGAUUGGCAGCUCUCAUGUACACACGACAGAUGACCCAGAAGCAGCAAGAUCGAGCAAUUCCAAAAUCACCACUACACUGGGAUUAGUUGUUCAUGCUGCAGCGGAUGGUGUUGCCUUAGGUGCAGCUGCCUCUACAUCUCAGACCAGUGUCCAGCUAAUAGUGUUUGUUGCAAUUAUGUUGCAUAAGGCGCCAGCUGCCUUUGGCCUAGUCUCUUUUCUUAUGCAUGCUGGUCUUGAACGGAAUCGAAUCAGGAAGCACUUGCUAGUUUUUGCACUAGCAGCACCUGUUUUGUCAAUGGUGACUUACUUGGGGCUAAGCAAGAGCAGUAAACAAGCUCUCUCAGAAGUCAACGCCACUGGAGUUGCCAUGCUUUUUUCUGCAGGGACUUUUCUGUAUGUUGCUACAGUUCAUGUCCUCCCUGAGGUUGGUGGCAUGGGACAUAGCCACAAAGCUGAAGCUGCAGGAGGAAAAGGACUCAGCCGCCUGGAGGUGGCAGCUCUAGUCCUGGGCUGCCUGAUACCUCUGAUUUUGUCCAUUGGACACCAGCAUUAAAGACCUGAAGACCAGCAACCUACUCCUCACUCUGACAUGAGCAGCAAGUGUUGGCUGCCCUUUUAUCAUUGUCUCUCUUACCUUGUUAACCGCCCCAUCUUAAGGAGUCAGAGAGAAGCGUGGCUGCAGAAGGAGGAAUUCUGGGAGAGCUUUUAGUGUAGCAAGACAGUACUUUGGACAGCUGGAUAUUAAUUCUGCUUAACUUUCUGAAGAUACUUUAAUUAUGACUUCCUGCCCUAUUCUCAGGGAAGGUGAAAUUAAGAUUUUAUGGCAGAUGAUUUGGGAAGAACUUUGUGGUUCAUAAUGAAAUCAUAAUCACCAAAGUAUUCUGUGUGUCAGCAUUCACAGCUGACCUGCUGACAUUGGAUGCUGCCUUCAAAUACAUGGACUCCUUUUAACUGCCUCAAAAUUGUAUGUGUUAUACUGAUAGCGCAGGCUAUCUUGGGAAGAUAAAUCUGACACAAAUUUUGGAUUUACAAACUCUGAAGAAAUGUUUGGACAAAGCCUGAGAACAAUUUAGGAGGCUAGUUAAGCAUCUGGAUGGGAAUCUUGUAUUGCAUUACCAGGAGGUAACCUUGUUGCACCCCUUGAGUAUAAUGAUCCAUACGGUUGAAUAAGCCAGCAGUGUUGGGCUGAGAGUUAGGCUAUUCUGAACUCUGACGAGUUGGUGCUUAUCGAAGUGAAUAUGGUACCAAUUUAUUUGGAAAGCUUUAUUCCACUGAAAUAGAAUAAGGUUAAGUACUGGUCAGCUAGCACAAAAUGUUUUUGCAGAGGUAGAUGCUGUGGCACAGAGUCCUUAAGGCUUAGCAUUUAUUAGAAGCAAGAUAAGCCAUUCUGAAUUGGCAUGAGGGUGUUCGAAAUGAGUCCCACUCUCCGUCUCACUUUUGAAGUCUUACAGUCAGUGUUGACUGAGAGUACAGCUCUGGAAUGCAGUGUCAGCCUUUGCAUGUGAUACACAAAUCUGUGUAUCACAUGUGUGCUACCUUUGGCUAAUAAAUGUUGUUUUGUUUUGGAAGAAACAAGCCAUGGGCAGAAACCUAGAACAUCCAAAGGUGUAUGUGGAUUCUUAGCACAGAGUUUUUACAGCAAAUUAGAUAUACAUUUUACUCCCAUUGCCAAACAUUUCUCUUGUUUAUUCACAUUUUCGUUGCAAAAAAGAUAAAAAUGUCAAAUAACUAGUCUCUCCCUGGUGCUAGUUAUUUCUCUAUGCCAGACAUUUCCCCCACACAUCCCCAUGUUUACAAUCCGUAACACAAUCUUUCUUCCAUUCCUUGUUCACAUCUUAUACUAGCUUGUCAGAAAAUAAUGUUAUGGUCCUAGGUGAGGAUUUGUCUUUAAUUUGUGAUUUCUGCUGGAUUCUUUGAUAUUGGCCCAGUCACAGUAGUCAAGAUUAGGACCUCAGUGAAGAUCUUGGCUUUGGGGUUUCUGCUAACACUGGAAGUUGAACUUUAAAAUCAGCACAGAAUAAUUAAUAGAUUUAGGAUUGGCUCCAAACCUUGUUUUCCAUCAGCAUAAAGCAGUUCUGCCAGCAGAAGAGUGAGUGUUUUUUUAUUGAUUUUGCCCUCCAUGCUAUCCCCAGGGAGCUUAGCGUUCUGCCAUGGGUGGCAGGAAAGUUCUGUCGCAUUAGUGGAGCUCUGUGGGUGGUACAUUAGAUCCAUCAUCUGAUCUUUUCCUGACGGUUGAUCAGUUGCACAUCUGAUCUGCAACAGCCUUCUACAUGAACCGUAGCCAACAUGGUCCACAAACUUCGUGUUUUGAUGCCUGCUUGAGGUGGGGGAAACUGGGAGUUGUUAGAUGCCUGGGAGAUCACAGCACAUAACUAGUGGUGCAUUCCAAAAGGAAAGCAGUUGAUGUCAAAUUGGCACAGAAUAAAUGGAAAUGGUCAUUGUUAAUGAACUGAAAUAGUUGCAUUUACUUAGGAUAAUUUGAAGGUAACAUGGGCACAAGUACGAUUAAAAGCCUGGUUUUUGCUACAGAACUGCAUUUGGCAGUGCUGGACAAGACAAACACUGAAUAAGAGUUUGAAUUAAGCCACACUUAAUGUUUGCGAUAGUAUUAUGAUAUUGGUAUCAGAAAUUUUUGUUGGACACCAGAGCUGCCUUUCACAUCUGAUUGCAGCACGUUGGAGAACUUGCUAUGAAGCUGCCAAUGCUGGAUCACUUCAUAUUUAUGAAAAUAAUCUCUACUAUAUCUUCCGUGCUCGCAGAGCCUGGGCCUGGUGUCAAUAGCAAGAAGCCUUGAUUGGACUUCUGCCCUUGAUUGAUAAGGAAAUGGGAUGGCGUCUAGAAUCAUUAACACUCUACAUAUUACACAUUAAAUGAGGCUAAGCAAGGCAUGGGCAAUAUAGCAAAGAAUUGUGUAGCUGAAACAUUUCCAAAUAUGCUGUUGUAAAAUUGAGAUCAAGUUUAAUGGUAUGCCAUAUGUGUCUUGAAAGAGUAGCAUUACAUAACUCUGUCUUGACUACUUGCUCUACACCACCACCGAUUUGACUCUGUAAUGAUGUGGAUACUUCGACACUUCAUCCGUAAUGGACUGCUAAUUAUCGCAGUGAAAGUGGAUUUGAAGGAUGUACCUUUAGCAGAGUACCGGAUAUCUUUUCCGUUGUAGCUGUGAGAAUCCUAACUUCAAGGGAUCUCCUAGGUUAAAGUAACCUCCCAUGUUUUAUGUUUCCCCACUUAACCAAGUCAAAUUCAGGAUAGUGAAGUUCCACUCCUCAAAAGUCUUAUUGAUGACAUUCUGGCUCCAGCAAUAGACUUCUGGGGAGCCACAGAAAGAGGGUGAAUACUCAAUAAUACCUUGCAAGUCUAGCCUCCUGUGUUUCUACUGCUUACAUUGGUUGACUGAGUUAUGAAAAUCAGUCUACGAUGAGCUGUGUCAGUGUGCAACAUUAUGUUAAAUCAUAACUAAGAAUAAUCAAAAUAAAGGGAAUGGUCUCUUGCUUAACAGAGACUUCUUUAAAAACCUGGUUUAUAACAUGUAUGAGGAUGGCAGUCAAACCAAGGGAGCAAGGAUACUUUGAAUUUUCUUAAGGUGAUAAUGUGAAACAGCAGAAAACUACUCUUGUUAAAUUCUCCAGAUAAGUUUCCACAGCUCGUCGUAGAGGUAUACCCAGUGACAGCAGACAUUUUGUAGUCGACUGUAGGAAUGGGAAAACUUGAACUUGUUUGUUCGUACUGCUGUUUUAUGCUGUUUGUUGAACCACAGGAGUUGGGGGGGGGGAGCUCAGCAGUGACAUUCAGAAGCAGAAUAUCUGUUUCAAAAGAUCAGCUUUUCUGUGUUUUGACUGUGUCUCUGAGCAGCUGUGACUUUGUGGGUACAGUGUUCCCUGGUCAUAGCUGUGUAUCUGACUGUGUACUAAAGUGUGAUUUCGAUGUCUUUUCCAAAUCAUUUGUACACAUGAAACCAUUCCAUGGAUGA